AUGGCUGCCAAAGUUCUCGCUUUCGACAAGAGUCUCGAACUCGCAGUGUUUGCCGUUUGUGCCAUAAAGCUCGGCAUCACCAUCGCCAUCUUCAAGCAAAAGUAUCAGACGAACCAAAUGACGUUACUCCAAACUUUGGAAUUCGCCAGUUCUACUCUUACGGAUUGGAUGUGGACGAUCAUUGCCGCCUAUGUCCUUCUUCACUACAUCGGAUACGGGUUAUGCGCAAACCCUCAGGCGCACAGAUGGGAAUAUGUUUCCUCUACAUCUUCAAUCUCUUCCAGAAGUUCCUUGAGAAGCGUCGGUAGCAUUCGAUCCAGGGGCUCGAGGGGAUCCUAUAGAUACAUCAACUCCGCCGGUAGCCAGCAAUCGAAUCGAUCCAUUCGUUCCCGUAUCAGCCAACGAACCUCCACCACUAUUGUCCGCCACCGCACAAACAUUCCAAAUCCUAUGAUGGAACGUUUCAUGAUGGUUGAGGACUUCCAAUUCGAAGCUGAUAUGGGUAGAUUGCGAGGAACACCAUUCUUGGAUUCUGCAACGAGAUUCUAUCUACAAAGGGGUGUUCCUCAUGAAGCGGGACAGUGGGCGUAA